AUGUCUAUAACAUCUUCGAUUUUUUCCUUCCCUUUCUCCAUUCGAAUAUAUUUCUCUUUUUAUAAUAUUUGCAUUUUCACUUUCAAUUUGGUGAACCAUUUCUUCUUCUUCUUCUUCUUUCUCCUCCUCCUCCUUCUCCUCCUCCUUCUCCUCCUCCUCCCCCUCCUCCUUCUUCUUCUUCAAUUUUACCGCCUUUCCCACCUUUGCUUUAUUUUUCUCUUACGCCCAUCGUUUCCUCCUCCUCGUCCUUCUCCUCCUCCUCGUCCUUCUCCUCCUCCUCGUCCUUCUCCUCCUCCUCCUUCUUCUUCUUCUUCUUUUUCUUCUUCUUCUUCUUCUUCUUCUUCUUCUUCUAUUUUACCGCCUUUGCCACCUUUGCCAACUUUGCUCUAUUUUUCUCUUAUGCCCAUCUUUUCCUCCUCCUCCUCCUUCGCCUCCUCCUCCUCCUCCUUCUCCUUCUUCUUCUUCUUCUUUUUCAAUUUUACCUCCUUUCCCACCUUUGCUUUAUUUUUCUCUUACGCCCAUCGUUUCCUCCUCCUCCUUCUCCUCCCCCUCCUCCUCCUUCUUCUUCUUCAAUUUUACCGCCUUUCCCAACAUUCCCCCUAUUUUUCUCUUACUCCCAUCUUUUCCUUAAGAUUAUCUCUCACCCAUCAUUUAUGCUUUUUCAUUUCACCUUUAUUUUCAUUCAUUUCUGCACAAAAAAUGUCGUCUUGGAACCUCAUCUCAUUGUCUUUUUCUAUUCUCUUCAUUAUCUAUCUAUCUAUCUAUCUAUCUAUCUAUCUAUCUAUCUAUCUAUCUAUCUCAGUCUUCUCCUUCUCUAUUUUUCUAUCACCAGCUACAUUUAAAGAUUCUUUACCUUUCGUUCUUAAACUGUCCGCAUUUAGCAACACAACAAUAGUUACCUUCUCUAAACAACGGAAAUGUAUGAAUGGGAAAUGCUAA